AUUACCAAGCAGUUGAAGUUCUGUCAAGAAAUCUAUAAAGAAUAGAAAUAAAUUAAUAUGUACACAUUAUUUUAAAUUUCAAGACAAAACUAUAUAAUUCUCAACAAAAUCCAGAUUUAGAGUGUAUAAUAUAAAAGUGAAAAAAAAAAUAACGUUCGGUUAUAAAUUUGCAUAGCCCAAUAAAUAUUUUAAUACGAUGAUAUUGGUCAAAUUGUGAAAUCAACUGUUAGCAUAAAAAGACAAUAAGCUGGGAUCAAUAUGGUGAAUGUGAUAGUCGAUAAGGAAAUGACAGAUGGUCGAGGGAAAUGGUCCCAAUUUGUCGAAAUGAAUAAGUAUUUCUGUGCCCCUUUGAUCCGAUCCCUAUCUGCGCCCUGUAUACAAUCAGUGGGUAAAAAGCAAAGUGCUCCGGCUUUCGGCCCCAACAAUUUGAGUUUGUCCUGGCAACUGGCCUGCAAUCCCGCAGACAGUUCGCAUCUUAACGACGACUGUGGGCUGAGAUCACACUCGAAGAGUGACAGGCCUGUGGCCAAGGACUUGAAGUACUUGAAUUCUAGUGGCAAACGCAAGCCAAAGUUGAAACCGACGUACCACCGCAAACGAAACGUCACUGUUAAGCCAAAGGUCACCCCUGUCGGUCUGCCCAAAAUUAUGGUCGUGGAUGCCACAAAGAAGUCUCCGAUUCGGCAAAAUCACGAUGAGCAUCAGGCACAUAAGGAUUGGGAAGACCGCCGAUCGAGCCGCGAAAGUCGUAAAGAACAGGCAGAAAUACCAUACAAUAAGCCAGAUCAGCCAACAACCACAACUCGAGCUAAAAAUCCGCGACCCGAUGUGCUCGUCAAACCCAAAAGGACCUACGGUGUGCCGCUUUGUUAUCGCCCAACAAUGCUAUUGGGCCCCCGAUAUUAUUCGGAUCUGCAGUACUACAACCAACAGCAGUACUACAAUCAGCUCCAGGCGCAACAACGACAACAGCAGCUGAUGCAGCAAAGGAUCUACUAUCAGCCUAUGCAGCAUCUAACAAAGGCGCAACAAGAAUAUUAUGAUCAGGGCCCACGAUAUGCAGUGCCCAUUGAAUCCAUGUACCGCAAAUUACAAAAGGGCAGUUGUUAUUGCGGCAACUUUUACUACAGAUGAAAUGGCACUCCAUAUCGUGUGAUAUUCAUUUUUCAGUCAAAUCCUUUAAUUAACUAUCUGUACACCGACCAAUAAUAACACUGUUGUUCAGUUGUAAACAAAUUUUGACCACAUAACAGUAUAAUAAACAUUUGUAUAACGAUGGUGUCUUAAUAA